AUGGCAGUUGAGUUUCUCCAAUUGGUCUUCAAACAGCCCAGGAACUGGACUCUGGUCUCUGAAUUUACCCUAAUGGGUCUCCCCCAUGUGCCAGAAAUGGGAAGUCUCCUCUUCUUCAUAUUUUUGAUCAUCUAUUUAUUCACCUUAACUGGAAACUCUCUGGUCCUGAUGACCAUCUGGCUGGACUCCCGCUUACACAAACCAAUGUAUAUCUUCUUAGGACACCUCUCCUUCCUUGACUUCUGGUUCUCCACUGUUACUCUUCCUAAGAUGCUUGAGGGGUUUUUGGAACCUGGUGGCACAGUCAUUUCUUUCAUGGGUUGCCUCUUUCAGCUCUAUUUUUCCCAACUGUUGGGAAGCACAGAGUGUUUCCUCUACACACUCAUGUCCUAUGAUCGGUAUUUGGCCAUCUGCCACCCUCUGCACUACAGCUACAUCAUGGACAAGAUGAAGUCCACCCGUUUGGCUGUUGCCAUGUGGUGUAUGGGUUUUCUCCACUCUUUCUUGCAUACUUCUUUGACAUUCCGCCUGUCCUUUUGUGGAACUAUGAAAAUUGACCAUUUCUUCUGUGACCCAACACCCCUCUUGGAGUUGGCAUGUACAAAUCCUUCCAUCAAUGAAACUGUAAUCUUCUUCAGUAUUGGUGUGGUGGCCUUGAUCUGCUUCUUCCUCAUUCUGCUUUCUUAUGGAAAUAUCUUGAGGGUCAUCUGGAACCUUGGCCAGGCAGAAGGGAGAUCCAAUACAUUUUCCACUUGUGCUUCCCAUUUCAUAGCCAUGGCUUGUUUCUACAUCCCUUGUGUCUUCACUUACAUGCGCCCUCAUUCCAAAACUACUCUAGAUAGGAUUAUAUCUGUUUUCUACACUGUACUUACUCCUUUGCUGAACCCACUCAUUUAUACUUUGAGGAACAAGGAGAUGAAGACAGCUCUGCACAGGCUAAGGCAGAGAACAAAUUUUGUUCCAACAGAAUAA